AUGGAUGCUGGGAAGGGAUGGAAAAUGGGAACGUUGCUCUGGGCUGUCCUGUUCCUGGGGGGUGUGGGAGCUGUCUGCCAGAUAGGCAGGUCCAGCCAAUGUCGUCGUGCAUCCCCAGUACCAGGGAGCAGUCUGGCCGGCGAGGGUUUUGAUGUGGUAACGUUGGACCGCAAGGGGGCGUACGUGGUGGACGUGGAGAGCUGGAGACGUCCAGAUGGGGCCUGCAAGCUCUGCAGGAAUACUCUGAUGAGGGGUAGAUUGCAGCGCCUCCCCCUGGCCGUGGUGGAUUGGCGAGCCCAACGUAGAUGCCACCGGGCUGUAAAAAGCAGGCUCUUCCACUCAGCCUCUGACUUUAGCAGUUCGGUCAGCUCCAGUGUGGAUAAAAGCUGGAGUGUUGGCCUGGGGAUAUCCAAAUAUUCAGUGUCAGUAGGUGUAACAGUGGCUGGCUCCAAAUCUCGGGCCAUGUCCUUUGCCUACCGUAAAGCCCGAUCAGACAAAUACAGCUUUUCCAGCCAGAAGUUCCAUUGCCGCCUUUACCGUUACCGCCUGAGGAACACACCCCCUCUGGCAUCUGAGCUCUCCAAACAGCUCAAACAAAUCACCAGCAGCUCCUAUGCGGGAGCCCGGCACCAGUAUCGCCAACUAGUGCAGACUUUCGGGACACAUUACAUCCAGUCAGUGGAGCUGGGUGGUUCCUACGAGGACGUGACGGCCAUCCGCACCUGUGAGGCCGUUUCUCAGGGCCUCACUGCUACUCAGGUGAAGAACUGCCUCAGUGUGGAGGCCAGUGUUAGCGUGUUAGGAGUUGCCCGUACAUCAGCUGGAGCAGGUUACUGCAAGAAGCAGGCCUCGUCCCAUACCCAUUCCCACAGCUUCCACCAGGCCUUCAGCGAGAGGCUGACAGAAGUCUCAGGAGGCCAUAGUACUGGGCACACAGACAUCCUCUUCUCCUCCAGUCCUCGGGCCUUCACCAGAUGGAUGAACAGUCUGACGGCCUCACCAGGCAUCAUACACUACCGGCUGGCGCCCCUCCAUUUCUUGCUGCCCAGAACCAACAUUCGCCGGAAACAUCUGAGGCGCUACCUCAGAGAGUACAUUAUGGCCAACGCCAUGAAACGUGACUGCUCCAGAACCACCUGCCCCGCUCCUGGGAGGAAAAGCCGCUCCGAUCGCUGUUCCUGUCAAUGUCCGGAGAACUCCUUCGUGGACCGUCAGUGCUGUGCCAAGCAGAAGGGUGCAGGACACCUGGUUGUCACUGUAAAGAGAGGCUUCGGUCUCUGGGGCGACUAUUUCUCUGGCACUGAUGGUUUUGUGGUGGUCUCUUAUGGUAAUGCCAAAGAAAAGACCAGGGUGGUGGACAACAACAACAACCCUACCUGGAAUGCCAGACUGGACCUGGGGGAGGUGGUUGCCCGCAGCUACAUGAAACUCACCCUGAAGGUCUAUGAUAAAGAUCCCUUGUGGAAUGACCAUCUGGGGACCUGCCAAGUGCCUCUGAUCUCUGGUGUCACCGAUCUCACCUGCUACCUUAAGCAUGGCAAGAUCACCUACCAAUUGUCCUUCAAAUGUGACCUCCACUUGCAGGGUCGCACCUGCCACCAGUAUGCCCCGGGUCCAGGGGCCCUCUACGAUGAAGAUAAUCUCAGGAACAAGCUGCUGGAGACCUGUGAGAUGCCCCUGAACUCCAGCUCCACAGAUCACAACUGCUUCUGCCAGCCUCUCACUGAAGACUUGUGGAAGCUGUUGCAGUGGUUUAGGGAUGAGGCUUUCUUCUUGCACCAGUUGUACCAGCCGGAGGCCACCACGACUCCACACUCAGCCUUUCACAUCCUCGGCAGUGACACCUUCUGA